AUGGGUAUCUCUGACCACACGCCAACUAAAUCUUCACGCACGACGCAAGAGGAAGUAUCGAAACUCCAGGAGUUAAUGAAAAGUGGUGCCAAUGAUGCGGCCACUUAUUUGGAAUCACUCAAGAAUAAAUUUGCCGACUAUGACAAGUCUCACAACUCGCCAAAGGAUUCAGCGACAUCCUACUUCCAAGCUGCCAUGGAUCGAGCUCAUGCAUCAGUGGAGAUGCUCAAGAAUGCAGGAGAAAACGUUCGAGCUGAUGGCAACAGUGUAUCGGAUUCCGUCGUUGACUCGGCCAAACGUGCCAUGGAUCAGACCGGGUCAGCACUGGAUGAUUUGGGCAAAUCGGCUCAGUCAUACGACCAACGUAUGCGUGACUCGAUCAAUUCAAAUGUAGCAAAUGCGAAGGAAAGUGGCUCAAGUACAAUGGAAUCAUGGAAAGAUUCGAUUGCAUCACUAGUCACUUCCACUCGUGAAUCGACUUUCCAGGGCUUUGAAGCAUUGCAAACUCAUCUUGCUGCAAUGCAAACGUCAGUGGCUGAGUAUGCUUCAGCUGCUGCUGAUAGCAUUUCCAACACGGCAUCGGAUGCGUCGGAGAAGCUCAAACCAGCGGAUGCAAAUCCUUCGUUAAUGGAACGUGCAUCGGGAGCGGUGUCGUCAUCGGUAGAUUACGUAACUAGCACGUUACAGGGCUCUAAAUAA